CACCAUAGUCAUGAUGGCAGCGGACAGCAUACAAAGACACAUCUAUCUAGUGUUCUCGAACAGGAUAAUCAGGAGACUCUAAGCAGUGUUAGCUCAACGCCAAGCCCUGGUUCAAAUUCACAAGACGUUCUUUGAGAUAUUUGUGAUGAGUUCCAUGGAGACCACUCAACAAUUGAAAGCUGAGAAAAAUCAAUCCAGCAAUGACGAACCAAAGAAUUCUACAAAAAUAGUAUUUGUAUUAUUAAAUUUAAAAAAAACAUUGACCACACUCUGCCCGUUAAUAAAUCCAAAAGAUCUAUACUGAACCAUCCGAUUCCUAGAAAUUUUGAUUAUGCUGAAGCACCAGUUUUUGAAUCGGAUACAGAUUAUGAGAAUUAUUUAAAAACAUAUUUUUAUCAUGAUGAUGGACUAAUUUCCAAGCAUCAGCCGAGGCCCCAUGGUGGUAAAUCAAGAAGACGAUAUAGGAGUAGACCUAGAAGAAGGUACAGGAGACGUAGACCGGAUGCAACAAAGUGCAGGAGAAAGAUUUAUUUUAGAACUAGAAGGAAUUUUAGACAUCAGAAUGAAGAACCAUAUACUAAAUUUGUUAGAGAUCCAGGUGUAGAUCAAGACAAUUAUCUAGCCUUUAAUAAUCAAUCGACUUCAUCUACAAAAAAUGACGUGUUUGUCGUCUAUCCAGAAGAGGUGUUGACAUCAGACAAUUUACCAUCAGGAAAAAAUGUUUUAAUUGACGAUAAAUCGGUUGUAAGUGAUAUUGGUAGUAUUUCAAGUUAUCAAUCAAAGCUUAAAUCUGGCAAACAGGACCCAAAAUUGUGGAAACAAGAAUUGUCAGUAAAUGAAGUUAAACCAAAUUCAAAUUUUAAACAGCCAAAGAAUUAUUGGCGUCACAAAUCUUUAGGUAAAACUUUGAACUUGAGACAGGAUAAUUUAUAUGAUUUUUUGCACAAAAGUUUUCAACUUGAUGGUCCAAUAACUUCAGAAACUUUACUAAAGUUACAAGUAGUGAAGCAGUUGCUUGAAGCUAUAGAGAAUGCAUAUUUAAAUCAAAAUAGACAUAUUACAUCUAAAUAUAACAUAGAUGAUGAUUGGAUACCUAUCACACCAAGUCUUAAUGCUAUUGGGAGUUCUACAAAAGAUUUAAAUAUAGAAAAUAAAGUAAAUGAUAGGUUUAUACAACCUAAAUAUGGUUUUGAUGAUGAGUAUUAUCCAGACAAAUUACAUGGGCCUGGACCAAGUUAUAUAAAUGACAAUUUAAGUGCUUCAUCUAGCAUGGUAGGAUAUUCCAGGCCGGCAUAUCAUUUGUAUCCACCCAACAACUGGUAUUUACUUCAAAAUUAUCAUACUUUACCAAAGUAUGUAUUUUCUACUCAACCAGAAGACAUUGUUGGAAGUUAUCCAGUUUUUGGACAUAUGUUAGUUCAAGAUGAAUUUCCCGAAAGUCAAAAUAUUAAAAAUGGUGGUAAGCUUCAACACUUGGACAAUGUAUUAUACAAUGCACAUGAUAGUAUUAUCAAUACAAGGAAAACGGCUGCAAAAGUUGAUCAAAAUGACUUGGAUUCGAAAAUAUUACAUUUUAAGUUAAGUCCUAAUAUAAUAAAUAACAUGUUUGACAAAUAUUCAGUACAACAUCCAAGUGUGUUGAACAAUUUGAAUUUUAUUAAAAAUUCACCGCAAGAAAUCAAUAAUCUUGCUGAUUUUGAAAAUAUUGAUCAUAAUCAGUGGAAAUAUUAUACGUCUAGUUUUAUACCAGGCACUCACCAUAAUUUGAGACCAGUUAAUGAUCAGUAUAACAAUUUGCCUAGAUUUGAGUAUGUUCCUACAAAUGUCAAUGGUUUUAAACCAAAACCUAAACACCAAUAUACUAAGAUGCAACACCAGCCAAGUUGGAGUCAAGAUUUUAACAAAUUUGUUCAAAACCAACAACAAAAACUUGCUGAAGACGAUUUUGUGUACCACAAAAACCACAAAUACCUUUUUCAACCUGUUCAAAAGCCAAUAGCACCACCCAAACGUCAGAAGUUUGGUCAAAAUUUAUUUAAACCAUUUUUUAAACAUAUACCCAAGUAUGAAAUGUUUGAACCUGUGCCUGGACAAAUUUUAAGACCUCCAAAAUUUAAGCCGAUUCCUACAAAAGGGCCUUUGUUGGUAGAGGAGAAGGAUAGUGACUUGAGAAAAUUGAAUAUGUAUUUGAGUUUUGUGAGGCCUUACGAUGACAAGAAAAUGGAGUUGAAUUCCAUGGAAUAUUUUGUGAAAAACAAGAAUUUUGGACGUAGGUUUGAUGAAGAGGAUGUAAGACAACAUUUUAAACCUGUACGGUGGACUGAUGAAACCAAGUUGUUGGAUAAUAUUUUUAAAACUAAAGCAUUGAGGCAGAAACAAGAAUUAGAUGAUCGGUCCAUGAAAGAAAAUCAGUUUUUUAUCAAUGGUACUUAUAACUUUAUACCACCAAAUGAUAAUCAGAAAACACCAAAAAGUAUUUUGGGUAUGGCUAAGAUUCACUCUGCAGACAACAGGUUGAAUACUAUGUCAAUCGAUAAAUUGGGUAAUAUGAAAAAUAGUAAUCCAAGAAGUAAUGAUACAAUUGCUGCAUCAAGCAACUCCAAAGCCAAUUCGAAGUUGGUGAGGAUUGGUCAUAUAGUUUUAGCAAAUAGUCAUAAUUUUAUUGAUGAAAGCAAAUUGUUAGAUGAUAUUCUUAAAAUGAAAGAGAAACAAGAUCCCAAAGCUAUAAAAGAAAAUCAGUUUUUUAAUAACAGUACUGCUUUAAAUGGUACUUACAAGUAUAUCCCAUUGACUGGCAAUCAGGAAACAUCUAAACCUAUUUUGGGUGCUGCUCAGAUUGAUUCUGAAUACAAUAUUUGGAAUAUAGGGUCAAUAAAUAAACUAAAUAAUGUGAAAAAUAGGAAUACAAGAAGUAAUAAUACAAUUGCUGCAUCAAGUAACUCCAAAGCCAAUUCUACGUUGGUAAAAAUUGAGCAUGCAGUUUUAGUAAGUGGUGGUAAUUUUACUAAUAAAAAGAAGAAUAUGAAUAAUAAACUUGAAACCAAUGAACUAACUAAACUUGAUUCCUUGGUGACAGCUGAUAGACCUAUUAGUAAAACAGGAGAUAUUGAUAAUUUACAAAUAACAAAUGUAGUUUCCACUAAUCCUGCCAUCGGUAAUGGGAUGAUUGCAAAGACAAGUUCUACGAGUCUUGGACACUCUUCGAAAGCUGGUAAUAAAUGAUUUUUUUUAUCUUAUGAAUAUAAUGGACUAAUAUUAAUGCUUUGAAAGUGCAACCA